UGCCCUCGGCCUCAGUAGCCGCUUAACUUCCUCUUCAGCAGCUCGCUCUCACUGUACAUCUUCUCACUUCCACUGCCCGGCUCAGCCCCACACACACAGAGCGAUGGAGGAACCGGCUUAAACAGCAGCUUCUACACCUUUAAACCUCCAGAAAAGCCGCUUUACCACCACUGGAAUUAAAUUAUAUUACUACACUGCUGGAGCUCCACCUCACAACUCAACAGGUUUUACCAUGGGGUGUGUUGGCACCAAGCCAGAGCAGGAUUCAGGUGGCAAAGCGGUGGGAAGUGAUGACUCUGGAAACCGCGGGCAAACAGCGCACUACGUCAAAGACCCUACGACAGGCACCAAGGCAAACAGAACCGUCUCCAGUCCUCCACCCUCAAACACAGAUGGUGGGGAGAACAUUGCCAUAGCACUGUAUGAUUAUGAAGGUUUGCAUGAUGGAGACCUGGGCUUCAAAAAAGGAGACAAACUGAAAAUCCUACAAGAGUCAGGAGAAUGGUGGAGAGCAAUGUCUUUGAGCAGUGGGGAAGAAGGCUUCAUUCCCAGUAACUAUGUAGCUAAAGACACACUUCAAACUGAAGAUUGGUUCUUCAAAGGAGUGAGCAGAAAAGAUGCAGAAAGACAGCUACUGGCCCCUGGAAACAAAUCCGGUUCCUUCAUGAUUAGAGACAGUGAGACCACCAAGGGAAGCUACUCUCUGUCUGUCAGGGACAGCGACCACCAAUCAGGCGAGACGGUCAAGCAUUACAAAAUCCGCACUCUGGACAACGGCGGCUUUUACAUUUCACCUAGAAUCACAUUCAGCACCCUGCAGGAGCUCAUCACCCAUUACAAGAAGCAGGGAGAUGGACUGUGUCAGGCCCUUACAAAUCCCUGUGUGAGCGCUAAACCACAGAAACCAUGGGAGAAGGACGCCUGGGAGAUCCCACGAGAGUCCCUCAAGCUGGAUAAACGGCUAGGGGCCGGCCAGUUUGGGGAGGUUUGGAUGGCCACAUACAACAAGCACACCAAGGUCGCAGUGAAGACAAUGAAGCCAGGCACUAUGUCUGUGGAAGCUUUCCUCAUGGAGGCCAACCUCAUGAAGUCUCUGCAGCACGACAAGCUGGUCCGCCUCAAUGCUGUAGUCACCAAAGAGGAGCCCAUCUACAUCAUCACAGAGUUCAUGGAGAAAGGUAGUUUACUGGACUUCAUCAAGACCGAUGAAGGGAAUCGUGUCCAGCUGCCCAAACUGAUAGAUUUCUCUGCACAGAUAGCUGAGGGCAUGGCCUACAUCGAGCAAAGGAACUACAUCCACAGAGACCUGCGGGCUGCUAAUAUCCUGGUCAACAAGAGUCUGGUGUGCAAGAUUGCAGAUUUUGGCCUGGCCCGUAUUAUAGAGGACAACGAAUAUACAGCCAGAGAAGGUGCAAAGUUCCCCAUUAAGUGGACCGCACCAGAGGCCAUCAACUACGGCUCCUUCACCAUCAAGUCAGACGUGUGGUCUUUUGGUAUUCUGCUCACCGAGAUCAUCAGCUAUGGCCGGACCCCAUACCCAGGGAUGACAAACCCGGAGGUGAUCCGCUCUCUGGAGAGGGGUUAUAGGAUGCAGCGUUUGGACUCCUGCCCCCAGGAGCUGUACGACAUCAUGCUGGAAUGCUGGAAGAACAAGCCAGAGGACAGACCCACCUUCGAGUACCUUCAGAGUGUGCUGGAGGACUUCUACACGGCCACAGAGAGCCAGUACCAACAACAGCCCUGAGACACCCCUCCCACCACCACCACCAGCCCCUACACACACACACACAUGCAUGUAUGUCUUUAAACAUGUACUGUAACUCCUCAGGCUAGUCUCACACACAAAGCACACCAUGUGCAUUCAGAUCCAUGCAACAGUCUAAACAACAUCCUGUCCACAACAGUGAAACGAAAACAUGACAAUCAAUCAAUCAAUCAAUCAAUCAAUCAAUCAAUCAAUCAGUCAAUCAAGGAUAGAAUAUUAAUUUGAUCAUGCAAAGCCUUUUGCCUUAUAUUCAGUGUUGCAUUUGAUUGCACAGAAUUGUAUAAAGUUAUAACAGAGUUUGUAGAGCGUUUUUAACUCUUAGCUUGUUUUAUUUGUUCUUUGAUUCUAAAGGUUUAACAUUUCUUUGUCUGCUUUAACAGUUGAAUAUAAAAAGCCUAGUAGCAUUCUUCAAUACUGUGAAUAUUAUGAAUUACAAUUUGGAUUGUUAAUAUGGUAAAAAAGUACUAAAACUUCAACCUAUAUUAGGUUAAAAGUCAGCAUAAUAUUUCUGAUAAAGCAUUUUUUCAAAUCUUUUAUAGUUUUUUAGUAGAGGAGGGUGGAACACAACAUAUUUCGUUUUUUGCUGAAUAAUUUUAUUUGAGAAAAAUAUAUUUAGAUAUAUAUAUAUAUAUAUAUAUAUAUAUAUAUAUAUAUAUAUAUAUAUAUAUAUAUAUAUAUAUAUAUAUAUAAAUAUAGAUAAAUAAUUUAUACAUUAUUGUUCUGUUUCUUAUGAAAAGUGACCUUUGUUUUCAGCAUCAGCUGUUUGUUGGAUUAGCACCAACUGUGAAUAAUAAAUCUAAAACACUGCAAGUACAAAUGUUACUGCUUAAACACAUAGUUUAUUGUAACAGAUGAAGGAAAUACUUAAUAAAAAGUUUUGUAAUGAAAGCUUUACAUUUAAAACACAUCUUUAAACAAAUCAAAAUAUAUACAUAAAUAUAUCUAAAGAGUAACAUGAUAAAACUGAAAUGAAUUCAGUGAACGUUACAUCUGUACCACAUCUAAAAAAAUGAAUCUGUGUAGGGAGAAUAUGAACUUUUUAAAAAUUGUGUCCCAUGACUUUUGCCAAUAUCCCAUGAAAGCUAAAUAAAGGCUGCACUGACCUGUGGGAUAUGUGGGGGCUACUGUGCUGAAUGUGGAUGUGAUUUGCACCAUAGUUGCUUGUAAUAUUUUCACACACCGCCAGUCACAAUCAUUACCACUCACAGUGUACAUGACGUCUUGAUGUGAACAUGCUGGCCAGUGUUCAACCACACUGACUAAAUAAUCCCUCUCAAUUUAUACAGGUUUGGUAUUUUGUCAUGUCAGUGUCAGUUUAGCCUGUGUAGUUGCAUAGAGUGUCAGUCAUAUUAUUUUAAAUAGUUCUAUUUUAAUAUUACAGCCACAAAAUUGAGAAUAAAAUCAUUCUAGUGAAAUAUUGUUACGAAAUAGAUAAAAGAAUCUUGAUGAGAAGGUACAUUUUAUGGUACAUUAAAAAGGCUUGAGUGUAAAUCUUGAGAAACAUCUAUCUGUUUGCAGUAAAAACUAAGUGAUUUUUGCCACUGGAAAUAUGUCAACAUGACCAGAAUCAUGUUUUGCUUUUUUGUUUCUAUUUCACUGAAUAAAAAAGCAUCCAGGUUAUAUUUUACUUUGCAUCGAGUGUGCCCCGCCCUCUUCUGGUCAAUAAAGAUAUCUGUGGAAAUACCUUUGCAUCGUUAAAAUGUGAUUUCUGUGGCUUCUAAUUACUGUAUGUUCAAAAUAUUUAAGGCUAAAGUGUAGUGCUUUUAAUUCACAUUUAUACAGUAGAAACUUUCUCUUUUAACUUCGCUGAAUAUCAGUAUGUGAAUAUUUCGAAUAUUUUCUGAUGUUUUCUGCAUUUGGUACAUUUCUGGUUGAACUCCUGUGCAAUAAAAAGGAAAUGUGUGACAUUUUACAAAAUCGGUUUUAUUUAUUUUAGAAACUGAUGUACUGCCUGAGAAUCUCAUGUUUGUUGGUUGUACUGAAUAUGUUAAUAACAUUUGUUUUUGUCUUUCUUUGUUAUUUUUUUGUUAAUUGUCCAUCUCAUUUGUAUCAUGCUUGAGCCGUAAAAUAAAGUGCUUCACAAAGACUAA